GCCCGCCGCCGCGCCAACGCCACCACAACCAACCCCCGCCGCGAGACCCAGCGCGCGCCCCUCUCUCCCCCCAAAUGGAGCGGCAGCCUCGGCCGCACCUAGCCGUGGCGGCGGAGGAGGCCAUCGCGCUCUACGACGCCUGCUGGUUCCACCGCCUCGUGCUCAGCUCCUACUCCCCUCCCGCGCCUCUGACGCCGGCGCCGGCGCCUGAGCGGGAGCAGCCGGAGCAGCCGCCGGCGGAGGAGAGCAAGAGCGAGCUGCAGCGGGCCCCGUCGGGGCUGCAGCGGCACCGCCGGACGCGGAGCGACGAGGCCAAGGCCGCCGCGUUCCACGGCCAGCUGGAGCCGCUCAAGAUCCCCAACGGCCACCGCGCGAGGCUCGAGACCAUCCUGUCCGGGAAGGACGGCCUGGCGGCGCCGGAGCCGCUGCCGGAGCGCCGGAGGCCGGAGGCGCGGCGGCCUGGCGGGAGGAGGCGCAGGAGCCGCCGCGGGCGGAGCCUGUCGGAGCUGGAGUUCGAGGAGGUCAAGGGCCUGCAGGACCUCGGCUUCACCUUCUCCGAGACCGACGUCGACGCCGAGCUCGCGUCCAUCGUGCCGGGGCUCCGGCGGCUGCGGGCGGACGAAGAGGCCAGAAGAGCCAAGGCGGCGGCGGCGGAGGCGGAGGCGGAGGAGGAAGCCUGCAGAAACAGGGCGGCCGCGGCGGCCUCCGACGCGGCGCCGAGGAGGCCCUACUUGUCCGAGGCGUGGGAGGACGAGGAGGCGGAGGUGAGGAGGGUGCUGAGCAACUUCAGGAUCCCGGCCGCCGCCGACGGGGCCGACCUCAAGGAGAACCUCCGCCUCUGGGCGCACACCGUGGCCUCCGCCGUCCGGUGAUUUGCCUUGACCAAGAUGGAGGCAGCCCAACUUUUUCCUGCCGUGCCGUGGGUGGAAUGAUGAACUGUAAAUAUUUUUUGCCAUGUGCAUGCGCAUCUUUUCAAGUUAUUUUAGCAGCAGCUUGCGUUAGUUUAGUCACGAGAAUGUAAAAUGUAUUCACAACUCAGGUUCACGGCCAUGCAACUCAAAAUGAAAUGUGAAAAUGUCGAUCCGAUUGACAUCA